UAGUCUAAUGGCCGUUGUUCUCGCCGAAAUGCUUCACAGCCCGUCUCAAUGAACCCAAACCUCUUUAGUAAUACAUGUCCAGUCGAGCUUGUUAAGUCUCAUUUCCCGAACUCUACACUCUUCUUCUCUUCAGUGACGAUUAAUUGACGGCUUAACUCACCUUCUCUUUCCUCGUUUGCUUCAUUCUCUGUGGUUCUCAUGAUUGUACUGCAUUGAUAAGAAUACGUGCUACUGGUGAAAUGAGUGGAAGCAGAAAACGCAGUUCUAAAUGGGAUUCAAAAGAGGAACGCCAAUAUUCUCUUGAAAAUAUACGAGACACAGCUUGGCCCGUGAAAGCAGGUGUGUCAUUUCAUGAUAGAGAAUCGGAACAUGGAUAUUUCUCUCCUGAGGUUGGUAGGAAUGGCAACAAGUGUUCAGUUGUCAAAGCCAGUGACAUUAUGAAAUCUAAGCAUGAACUGCCUUCAAGGGAAUCUUUACCUGGAAGCAGAGGUGGCAAAAAGGAUCAUAACAUCAAUGUUGACUGUGUCAAAUACUGGAAAACUAUGACUCCAUUGGACGGGGAUGAGACUUACAAAAUGGAAAUGUCACCUGGUCUUGAUGAUUGGAGGCAACAAAAUCACCGCCAUUCUCCUAAAACUGAUUGGAGCAGCUAUCACAGUUUUACCCACAGAAGCAGGAGUGGGAGCAGGAGCUGGAGUAGAAGUUUUAGUAGAAGCAGAAGCCGAAGUCCAGUUUGUGGCAUUAGGCAGCAAUCGGGAUUCCAUGAGAGAACCAGAAGCAGAUCUGGAGUGUCAACUCAAUUAUGUAAAGAUUUUAUGGAUCGGAGAUGCAGGAGAGGCAGUCAGUGUCAGUUUCUUCACCAAGAUAUUCAAAGUCAUGAGAAUGGUUGGGAUAAUAGACAGAAAAGAGGCGCGGAUUCAAAAUAUUUUACUCCCAAUGAUGGUAAAGAGUACCUGAUUAAGAGUGGAAGAUCUACUGAUCGCUAUACUGAUUAUCUGAAAGGUAACUAUCGCAGGGGGGUGUCAUGUAGGUUUUCUCAUGAUGGUGCUUCUAGUGGUUUCAGUCGAGUAUCAAGAAAUGAGGUAAGCAGGGAAAGAGAAAAUAACAAGAGGAACAGAGGUACAACUCCAGAGCGAGAUGGUGAGCGUGAAGCUCGAAGGAGCAAUGAUGCUCCCUGCAAAUACUUCGCUGCUGGAAAUUGUCGUAAUGGAAAAUAUUGUAGGUUUUCUCAUCAUGUUCAGGCUUGUGCAAGUCCUGAAAGAAGGUCACGUGGUGAUAAGGGUGGAUGGGGUCAAAGUUCCGUAAGAGUGGAUAAGUUUCGGGAUGGUGCAAAAUUGAGAGAUGCAGAUGUUUCAUUCAAUGUGGAGAAAACCUUAGCUGGUCCAAAAUGGAGUGAUGCUGAUGUUUCAAAUGAUGUGGACAAAUCUUGGACUGCUUUAAAAUGGAGUGAUAUAGGUCCCUAUUCAGGGGCUACAAAGUUGAGCAAGGACACUAAUGGAAAAAUGGGUGCCUCUGAACGAAGAUUCUCUGAUUGGUCCAUCAAUGAUAGGUGGCAGCAUGACUAUGAUGUACGUGGAAAGAACAGUGAGACUAACGUGGAUUAUAAAACAGUUGAUAUUGACAAGGAUGAAGCAAUUCUGAGGACGAUAGAAAGUGCUAGUGUUAGUGUGGGUGUAUCUGAACCAAGAGGUGCUGAAGAGUCACUUGGUGAUAUGGAGAUGUCUCCUGACUGGAAUUACAGGAUCCACUCUUCUGUUAAAGAAUAUUCUCAUAGUUCAAAAUCAACUCCUGCAGACUCAUCUUUACCAGCUCAUGAGAAUAUAACAGUAGAGGCCUCAGGUCAGGUGCCUGAUGGGGUUGCGAUUUUGCAGCCAAUGUUAACUGAGAAAUCUAACUUUCAACAGGACCACAUGAUGAGGGGGAGCAGUUCUGUUACAUUGCCAUGUGACAGCAAUGCUGUUAGCAGAAAUUCCUCAAUUUCACACAUUGAUCUAAAUUUUUCUACCAACAUCCUGCCAAUGCCAAGCUUUGACCAGCCUGGGCCAAGUUCAAGUUCUUUACCUUAUGCAAACUUAAAUGCAAUUGUACAAAGUCAAGUGGUAAUCCCUUCUAAUGAAAUAAAUAUGAAAGGUACGCAAGACAGCCUGCUGUUUCAGGAGGAGAAACCAAGCAACAAACUGAAUAUUGGGGAUACAAAAACAUUACAUGGUAGUUCUGGAAUUCAGUCAACUCAGAGCAUGGUAAGCAAUGAACAGCUCACCCAACUUACCAACCUUUCAGCCUCUCUAGCUCAGUUGUUUGGAAAGAGACAGCAACUUCCACUACCUCAUGUUGCUCUUGAUGCCCAUGAUGCAAUGCAGGUGACUUUUGUGAACUCUGGAGGACCUGUUGAGCCAGAUUCUGUGCCAACUGUACAGCCAGAUCAAAACAUUAAAUUGCCCAAACAAUAUGACCCUAUAUCUGAUAGCAUUGAGCCUGUUAAGACGCAGGGCACAAAUACUAAGCCUUUGGGAAUUUCAGAACCUCCUGUUGCUCAGAAAAAUGCUGCAGAUGGCAAACCCGAACUGUGGACUAAUAAGUUAUUAGCAUCAUCUUUUGUGGGUAGCACAAAUGGUGGUGAUUUUCAUAAUGACCACGGUUCCAAAAAACAGCCUGAUUUUGAUAGCUGUAAGCCAAAUCAGCUAGAGCCUGUUGCAAGUUCUGAGGUGACAAAGGAAAAUGAAGUAGUUGAGGAAACCAAGAAAGCUGAAGAGGAGAACAAGAAUGGUCCAUCAGAGAACAUAGAUGCAGAUGACAGGACUGAUGAGGGCAAGAAGAUCAAGGAUGGUAAGGGAAUUCGUGCAUUUAAAUUUGCACUCGUUGAGUUUGUCAAGGAUCUCCUCAAACCAACUUGGAAGGAAGGUCAAAUUGGCAAAGAGGCUUACAAAAACAUUGUGAAGAAAGUCGUUGACAAAGUGACUGCUACGAUGCAAGGGACUAAUAUUCCUCAAACACCUGAAAAAAUUGAACAAUAUCUGUCAUUUUCAAAAUCAAAGCUUAGCAAACUUGUACAGGCAUAUGUGGAAAAGAUUCAGAAGAGCUAAAAGAACAGGGUAUUGUCAUUUGUAAUGUCUUCUAUUCUUAUAAUUUUUACAGUUAAUAUAUCAAACUAUGAUAUAUAUUUUGUUUUUUUUUUCCCCUUUCUUUAUCUAGUUUCUGCAGCUUUUGGGAAUGCCAACCUUUUCAAUUUCUGUUCCUGUGUUUUGUUCCUUGGAAGCAGGUUUAAGUAGUGUCUUCUACUUCCAUGUAGAUAUUUGUUGUUUCUGUAGUAAAAGUUUGACUUAUAUGAUGUUGGCACUUCCUUCUGCAAAAGUGUGGGUACUUUGUAAUAGUUGUGAUGAUUCUAAAUCUAGUGUUUGACAGUGAUUGUUUACUCUUUCAACGCCCUGUUUAGAUAUAUAUCUAGGGUUUUAUGUGCCUAAAAUCUUCAUGGCAAUUGGCAUUUAUAUGUUUGUCAGUGCAGAGCAUAGAAAUAUUGCCUAUUGAGAUUUAAGAUUACUGCAUGGUAUGAUUAACACAUGCAUCAUGUGAUCGGGCUAUUCUUUGCCAUGCGAUUUCCUGCCAUUGCUUCCGAGCAUGAAGAACCUAAUGAUAAUUGCCUUCAGUGAAACAAAUUCACUGUGUAAACGCUACAGAAACUUGCCAUUUACAUUUGUGUAUCAAUUCUUUAGCACAGGACUCUUGGUGAACUAUAUCUCUGCCGAAUGGAAUGGAAGGUACCGACUUUUUACCAGGAAGUUAUGCUUCAGUACCUGUAGUAUUAUGUUUUCUACAUGAUGUUGGCAUUUAUGUUGCCAAAAAAAAAAAAAAAACAGCCCUUUUAGAAAUGGGAUUUUCUAAGAUCUCAUACAAGGUUCGAUUGGCGACUGAUAACAAUGUUCUUUGCCUGUAGGGGCUGUGGCGGCCGCAACUUGUACAAAGAAGUAUAGCGAAAAGAAGUAUAUCCUAUACUUUGGGGUUGGCUGUAUAAAAAUUCAAAUAAGAGAAUCAAGUUAGGUUGUAAUUUGAAUCUUCUUCCGCCACUUAGUUCUAUCGACAAUUACUUUU